AUGGCAUUGCGGGCUGCAGAAUGGCACAAGCUGCCCACAAGUCUUACUGAGCUGUGUUUAAAUACGACAUUACGUUGCGGGCAGUCAUUCAGAUGGCGCAAAUCUGCCGAAGACGAGUGGUCCAUGGCCCUCCAUGGACGCAUACUCUCCCUCCGCCAGGACGCCGAGUGCCUACAUUACCGCGCCAUCUUCCCAUCAAGUACAUCUGCUCUUCCCACUCCGCCACCCUCCAAUGCGCCAUCGGUUGCGCUGGAUGAAGACGAUACCCCGGCCCUGGUCAAACACUACUUCAACCUUGCUCCAGACCUUGGCCAGCUAUAUGAGCAAUGGGCGGCCGCAGAUGCAAACUUCAAGAAACGGGCGCCAAAGUUCACAGGCAUAAGAAUCUUAAGACAAGAUGCAUGGGAGGCACUCAUUGGUUUCAUUUGUAGCAGUAACAACAACAUCAGUCGCAUAGGGGGUAUGGUACAAAAUCUCUGCCUACACUAUGGACCACUUAUCGAUCGAAUCGACGACGUGCCCUACCACGACUUCCCUACACCAGAAGCAUUAUCAGGCCCGAGCGUGGAGGCGCAUCUCCAAAAGCUGGGAUUUGGCUACAGAGCAAAAUACAUUGCAAAGACUGCGCGCAUUGUGGCCGAAGAGAAAGGUCUAAAGUGGUUGGAGGACUUAAGCAAUCCCGAGUGUCCUCAGUUCGGGGCCAAGGAGAUGCCAGCAGGCGAGAUGAUGGACGAUGGUCGUGUAGGGUACCGUAAAGCACACGAGGAACUACUGGCUCUCCACGGCGUAGGCCCAAAAGUAGCUGAUUGCGUGUGUUUGUUCGGUUUAGGGUGGUCCGAAUCUGUACCUGUUGACACACACGUCUGGCAAAUUGCGCAGCGUGAUUAUAGAUUUGGAAAGGGGAAGCAUAGUAGCCUAACAGCUGCGACCUACCUUGCUAUUGGGAAUCAUUUCCGCAAGAUGUGGGGCAAAGAGGCCGGCUGGGCGCAUUCUGUUCUCUUCACAGCAGAUCUGAAGGCAUUCUCGGAGCGUGUGACUGCGAAGACAGAAGUCAAGGAAGAAGCUAUCACUAUCAAGGAGGAGGACAUGGUCAUUGAGACGACUGUCAAGAAGGAGGUUACAAAACGGAAGAGAGUAAAGAAGGAGCCUGAAGAAGACGAGCACCGAGUAGUGGAAGUCAAGCAAGAGACUACGCGCAAAAGCAAGCGUCGACGAACUUGA